AUGCCUGCAGAGCGCCAGCCCGUCAAAAAGCGAAGACAACUCCCCUUCAAGCCCCCCAGCCGACAAUCAUCAGUGACAGCCGGCCCCUCGACAACCGCAUCCGCAUCAACCUCCAAACCCAAGACCAAAUCCAAACCCAAAGCCCCCGCAAAACUCCCCAACGCAAAAGCCUCAUCAUCCAAGACCGCCCGGCCCUCUACAACCUCCACCCGCGACGAGGCCUCAGAAGCCUCGAACUCGGACUCCGAAUCCGAAUCCAGCUCCAGCUCGCGCUCCCCUUCCGAAGAGCCAGACUACAUCCUUGCGGAAAUCGUCCAUGCGGACCCCGAUGAGAACGACAUUCUCUCGAGCGAGCCGGCGAUUCCGCCGAAACUGCUGACGAAGCUUGUUCAUCACCAUUUUAAGGGGCAGAAGACGAAGAUCGCCAAGGAUGCGAAUGAGGUUGUGGCGAAGUAUGUGGAUGUUUUUGUGAGGGAGGCGCUGGCCAGGGCUGCGUUUGAGAGGGCUGAGGGUGGGAAGGGUGUUGAGAGGGGGGUUGGGGAUGGGUUUCUUGAGGUCGAGGAUUUGGAGAAGAUGGCGCCGCAGCUUGUUUUGGAUUUUUAG